GUGCAGCAGGAAAAGUGUUGGUUUUGUUGCCGCGGUUACAUCGCAUAAUGAGGGGGUUGUUAUUGAUUUUCCACAUCAGUCAAGUGACUCUGAUUUGCCGUAAACAAGAUUAAAUUUUUGUACCACUUCUUACUAACAAGAUUUCCGGCGUCCGCCGGAAUUUCGCUCUCUAGAGACGUUGUUGCACUGUGUAAAACGAGCAAACGAAUUAUACCGAGUGCUUCUUCUUCUUUCAUACGAAAAACGAGUAUUUUAUUUCCUCAUUCGAGCUCUAAAGGUCUCUAAAGCUCAUGCCGACAUUACAAACAUUUAAACUGUUUAUAUAUUUCAUUUUUCUCCGCCCAUUUUACCUUAGAUUUAUGCAUUUUUCUUGUUUUCUGUGACGAGCAACGAUUCAUUCUCUUCGAACAGGCAACACAGGCAUUUAUUAAUUUCUGAACUGUCAUGGCGCGUCUGAAUUGGGUGAACCCGACCAGGAAAAUGUCGCCGGUCGACCGUUCUCACUGGCUCACCAUAUUUGCAUUAACUCUGCUAUUCGUAUCAUACAACAUAGCCAAUGCCGGAAUCAAUCAUUUAGAUAUUGAAGACAAUGAAUUUGCUGAAUUUGAAGAUUUUGAUGUGGAAGAUGUAGUUGCAGGAGUGGCUUCUGAACAGAAGAAUGUGGUUCAUGAACAUGAAGAUCCACCAUCACACGAACCCGAUAAGGAAGUGGAAGCAGCUGAUGAAGAUGAAGCUACCGUCGAAACAGAAGAUAACGAGUUUGAACAUGUGGAUGAAGAUGAGUAUGAGGGAUACGAAAAAGAUUCUACUUCUAAACCUGAUCUCAAACUGAAUGAAGGGCCCAAAAUUACUUUUGCUCAGCUUCCAGCUCAUCUCCGAUCCAACUGGGAAAGCUAUUAUUUGGAACUCAUGAUACUUGCUGGUCUUGUUCUCUACUUUUUUAACUUCUUUCUGGGUCGCAGCAAAAAUCAGCGCAUUGCUGAGACUUGGUAUUCAGCCUUCAAAGGGCCUCUUCUUGAGAAGUUUGCUUUGGUAGGAGAUGACGGAAAAUUGGAAAACAGUCAACCUGGCCUCAUGAAAGAAUCUGAAAAUGUUUACCUACUGUGGUGUAGUGGUAGAACUGGUUGUGAAGCUGUUUUGUUUGAGCUAAGGCUCUUGAAACGGCAAGAUUUGGUGGCCAUGGUGAUGAAUCUUUUCCGGCCACAACAAGAUCAAGUGCACGUCAAAGUUUUCAUGAACGAUUCAGACAUGGACUCGUUCGUCAUGUGCCUGGCUGCCAAAAAGACGGCAACCCGCCUCAUCAGAGAGAUGGCAGACAUCAGUGUGUAUUGCCCAGAGAAAAAAUCUGCCGUUGAAAAGUUUGGUCUUCCAACGAACUUUGUCUUGAUGUCAGAAAUCGGCGAAGCUUCCACCACUUUGCUGGAUGCUCGAGUGUGUUCCCUCAUCAAUAAUAUCCCGGAAGUCAUCGAGUCUAUCCACUUUUCAGACCAGUAUUCCGGACCCAAACAGACGGAAGAUACGGCACCCAGCAAGAUGCCAGAAGUUAAAAAGAUGCUCAUCUUCAAUUUCAACCUGCCUUUAAAGAAUGGCAAGAGCAUCGUUGAGGCGGUGGAAAUUAUCCGUCCAGCUAUCAUGUUGACUUUCUACUGCAUUGACCGUGUCAAGCGGUUCCGCUUGAGCAAGGAGUUUAAAUCAAAGGCGGAGAAGAAUCGUCAGAAAGUUGAGGAGGCCUUCCUCAAAUCGACUCACGCUGCCCGAGCCGAAGCUGCAGCUGCCCGACGCGAGGAAAAGCGCCGUCUGGAAAAGGAAAAAAUUCUCCAAGACGAUGAUCCAGAAAAGCAGCGAAAAUGGGAGGAAAAGGAGAACAAACGGUUGGCCAAGAAGAGAAUGCCCAAAAUGAAAGCCAUUAAGGUUUAAAAGACUUAAGUUCUUUGACUUUGUUUUCGUCACGCGUUUUGGUUAUUUUGCUCAGACGGUUUUUGUGUUGUUUAAGUUUUCAAUCAUCCCCGUAUUUUAGGUAGAAUGUUCUACUUAUGGUGUCAGGGAUCGGAAUUCCUGCCGCCCCAUCUCCUUUCUUAUGUAAAGCAUAUUAAAGUGCGAGAUUUAUUUUCAAUGUAGUCACUACUUCCAUCAAAGAAAAUAAAAGUCCUCCAUAUUA